UCAGCCUCCCAAGAAAGACGACUCCCCUACCGCCUGCCACAUGUAGCCUCCCACACUGCUGUGGAAUACAGAGCCGCUAUUUAUAGUGCUAGCCGGGGGCCUGCAACCCUGGGCAUGGCUGCAACUUUCAUUUAAACAGCCAUCCUGAGCUAUACACCACGACACGCGGUUGGACGAAAGACAAACGGCGACAAAGUAGGACGACUAAAUUUUCAGAGUUUUUCGAUGGCGGCCUACAAAGAGGACGUAGAGGAACUUGACUGACAGGACCACAGACAUCUGCACCUGUUUGUCAAUGAAGGCUAUUGUUGGAUUCACCGAUAUGAUCCGAGGAAGGCUUACGGAACACGACUGACCUUGAAAUGCUCUGGAGAAGUUUUUAGGAGAGCAAGCCAAGAAAGAUUUUGAUGGCCAGACUUUGACAAAACUCAAGGUAUUUGAUGCCUCUGCUGUAUUACUUAAAGAGAAGUACAACAAGUCUGAGGUAACUUCUUUUCAUUUUACUCGACAUACUGUAAGUCACAGAGUAAAGGCUUCUUGAGAGUGAAGUUGUAAUGCCAGCUCUGGGGGAAACAAACUUCAGACCCUUGUAAUUAGGGUCUACCUAUAAAAGGCAACCAAGAACGAGGCUGAGACUGUUCCCGAAAGGAUUUUGACUGUUAUCGGGGUCCAACGCUCAUACGUGAUGGAUGCUCACGGUGGACACUACCUGGACAAAAAGGCCGUAUUGUCACCUUUAGGUGCGGCGCGAAUGUGCCAACUGCUCUUUGGGUCGGCCAUCAUCGCCCUUGUGUCGCACAACGCAGGCUACAGCGCCACCUAUGGAUACUUCUGCAUGUUUACGUGGUGCUUCUGCUUUGCUGUCACCCUGGUGAUAUUCAGCUUGGACAUCACGCGACUCCACGUCUGCAUGCCCAUCUCGUGGGACAACUUGACGGUGGCUUUCGCCAUGCUGGCGACACUCAUGUAUAUCACUGCCUCCGUGGUGUACCCCGUCUACUUCCUGGAUGUGGACUGCCCCGACGAAGGCUGCGAGGAGCAAGCCUACCGCAUUGCCGUGACCGUCGUCUCCAGCGUCUGCGUCUUCCCGUACGCCGCCGAAGUGUUCAUAACUCGUGCCAAACCGGGCGCCGUGGUGGGAUACAUGGCAACGGUGUCCGGUCUACUUAAGGUGGUCCAGGGAUUUGUGGCCUGCAUUAUUUUCGGAGCGCUGGACAAUUACAGCGAGUACGAAAACUACGCGGCCACUGAGUACUGUGUGGUGGUGUACAGUCUGUGCUUCUCCAUCACUGUGCUUGUGAUCAUGGUGACAAUAUCUGGCAGGACGUCUUCCCUACGGUUCGCCUUUGAUCGCUUCGUCGUCGUCUACACCUUCAUGGCUGUGAUUCUCUACCUCAGCACCGCACUGGUUUGGCCCAUCUUCAGCUUUGAUAAGAAGUACAGCGUGACAAUGCGUCCGGAGGUGUGUCCGCGAGGAAAAUGCCCUUGGGACAGCAAGAUGGUGGUAGCCGUGUUCAGCAACGUCAACCUCAUUCUUUACUUUGUUGACCUGAUCUACUCACAAAGGAUUCGCUUCAUCUCCAAUGCUGCUGUCUGAAUGUCCAUAUCAGAUAUUUGUUAGGAUCAUUCUUUUUCAUCUGCUGACUAUGCCCACUGCCAAGAAGGGGGAUGUGACAUCAUGACAAUCGAUUUUCCUGACAGAUUAUUAAGAAUUCAUAUUUGAGACUCUUUUGUGAUUAAGGGCUAUAUAAAUAUAUUUCAAUUGAUUUCAUUUGAAAGAUUUUACCUGAUUCUCAUGCUGGUUACGCUAAGUGCUUGUUAACGUGUCUAAUAAGUUGUUAAGUUUAUUGAUACUCAUUCAGCUUGUUUGUAUUGGUCUGGAUGCUGCUUCUCACGGCUCAGUGUUUAUUACAUAACCAUACCGCACAUAAUUGUUGCCUAGGUAAUGAUUACAAUAUCAGUAUGGCGCCAUUACGGCUAAGUUUGAACAAAUGGACUAUGUAUGUAAUUGUAAAACUAAAGGCAUAUCUCGUUUGGAUAUACACAUAAUACUUUGCACUGAGCCUUUUUCAUUCGGGCUCCCUCAUCCUUUUUCUGUAACCCUCCUGUCAAACUUUCAUAUUAGCAAAAAAAAUUUCUGCUAUCCACUGACUGUUUACGCUAUUGUGUUUCUGAGUGUAGUCGAUUGUCUAUAUUUGAGUAUUUAUAUAACCAUUUGCUUCUCUGUAGGGUAUUUGUCAAUACCAAUAAAUUAUAACAUUGACAAAGAA